CUAUAAAAUGGCCGAGUUGCUCACACUUUGUUGGCAGAGAAAACACUUCUCUCCAAGAGUGGUCAAUAGUUUACAGAAGAUACCAACACACAUAUAAAAACAACCACAGAAGCUCAUCAGCUUAAACAUAUUCAUAUACAAUGGGUGCGGAAGAAACGGGCCAUGAUGAUUACACGCAAGAUGGAACUGUUGAUCUUAGAGGUAACCCUGUUCGAAAAUCUCAGAGAGGAGGAUGGACUGCUUGCUCUUUUGUUGUUGUGUACGAGAUAUUUGAAAGGAUGGCGUACUACGGGAUAUCAUCGAAUUUGAUAUUAUACUUAACGAGGAAGCUGCACCAGGGGACAGUUACCGCAUCAAACAAUGUGACCAACUGGGUGGGCACCAUCUGGAUGACUCCGGUUCUGGGGGCCUAUAUCGCCGACGCUCAUCUCGGCCGAUACUGGACUUUCGUCAUCGCCUCCGCCAUUUAUCUCACCGGUAUGGUUGUACUGACUCUCACAGUCUCCAUCCCCGGUUUAAAACCUCCUAAAUGUGUGGACCCUGACAUAUCGAAUUGUGAGAAGGCCUCCACGUUGCAGCUAGCAUUAUUUUAUGGUGCUCUCUACACUCUCACAAUAGGAACUGGUGGAACCAAGCCCAACAUUUCAACUAUUGGUGCAGACCAAUUCGAUGACUUUGAUCCAAAAGAAAAGGCCCACAAGCUUUCCUUCUUCAACUGGUGGAUGUUCAGCAUUUUUCUGGGAACUCUGUUUGCAAACACUGUUCUUGUGUACAUACAAGAUAAUGUAGGAUGGACUCUUGGUUAUGGACUCCCUACUCUUGGCCUUGCUGUAUCGAUCAUGAUCUUCUUGACCGGUACGCGAUUUUAUCGCCACAAGGUGCCUGCUGGAAGCCCUUUUACAAGAAUGGUUAAGGUCAUUGUUGCUGCAUUGAAGAAGUGGCAUGUACCAGUCCCAAGUGAUCCUAAAGAAUUUUAUGAACUUGAGCUGGAAGUGUAUACCAAGAAAGGAAAGUUCAGAAUUGAUUCUACACCCUCAUUGAGGUUCUUCAACAAGGCUUGUGUGAAAACAGGGCCAACAGAUGAAUGGACAUUGAGUACAGUGACACAAGUAGAGGAAACGAAGCAAAUGUUGCGCAUGAUUCCUAUUUUAUUUGCUACUUUUAUUCCAAGCACGAUGAUUGCUCAAAUCAACACACUCUUUGUGAAGCAAGGCACAACUCUAGAGAGGAACAUUGGUUCCUUCAAAAUUCCUCCGGCCAGCUUAGCCGGAUUCGUCACAUUGUCCAUGCUUAUAUGUGUGGUGCUCUACGACAGAGUUUUCGUUAAAGUUAUACGAAAAUGGACUAAUAAUCCGAGAGGUAUAACUAUUCUGCAGAGGAUGGGGAUUGGUAUGACUUUCCACAUUGUUAUUAUGACAGUUGCUUCACUUAUGGAAAGGUACAGGCUCAGUGUAGCCAAGGAUCAUGGUGUAGUUGAGAGUGGUGAGCAAGUUCCAUUAACAAUAUUUGUGCUUCUUCCACAAUUUAUCCUUAUGGGGACAGCUGAUGCAUUUCUGGAGGUGGCUAAGAUUGAAUUCUUUUAUGAUCAAGCUCCUGAAAGUAUGAAGAGUCUCGGAACUUCUUAUUCAACUACUAGUCUGGGAAUCGGAAGUUUCUUCAGUAGCUUUCUUCUUACCACUGUGUCGCAUAUUACCAAGAAGAAUGAGCACAAAGGGUGGAUUUUGAAUAACCUCAAUGCUUCUCACCUGGACUACUACUAUGCAUUUUUCGCAAUACUCAACUUCUUGAAUUUCAUUUUCUUCUUAGUUGUGAGUAGGUACUAUGUGUAUAAGGCAGAGGUUUCGGAUUCAAUGGAGGUGCUUGGAGAAGAACUGAGGGAAUCCAGAAGAUCUGAACAAGAAUCAAGUAGAAGAUCUAGACAAUAAUAACAAGGAAAGCUUAGCAAAGUUUAGAAACAUUUACACUAUGUUUCAUAGUCAUGAAAUUCCUCCAUGUUGAUUAUUAGGAGUAUAUUUUGCAACAAAUGGUAUAAAACUUAUACUUUGUGUGUGAAA